GGCACCUUGACCUCUGAUGCUAUAGCGGUCAACCUGAGCUUAUCACCAUGAAUCCCACUCAACUGCCGCCGACAGAGAAGCGUAAACGCGGUCGUCCAAAAGGGUCAAAGAAUGGACCCAAUGCGGGCACUGUGGGCUGUCCAGUUGGACGCCCCAGGAAGGAUGGAAUUUCACGAAACACACCAGCAUCUUUACAUUCUACCUCUCAGGCUGCAGAGGCAGGGAGUCAUCAUAGUGACACCAGGCAGCCAGUGGAACCACGCACUCAUGACUUGGAAUUGAGCACAAGCACCAGCCCCUCUCCGUCUGGACGUGAGUCAUCCCACGCGGACUCAGAUCAAUCAUUACGUGCGCCAACGAGCACAAGUGUCAUUCAUGAUAUCUUUGAUGGAGAGUCGGACAUUGAGCCAGUGCGAGUUGUUCCGCAGCCAAGCACUGCUCCUGCGUCAAGUGGUGCGCGCAAUCUUGAGACUCGUAGUGUGAUUGACGACUCAGAUCAGGCUGCAAGCUGCAAUAAUUCACCGAAGCAAUCCAACAACCAGCUGCUCUGUGACUACAAUGACGAUGACAACGACAACGACAACUUCUUUUUUGGGGCGGAUGCAGAACUCGAGUGCAUGAUUGAUGAAUUUUCUGCCAUCGGUGACGACAACAACAACAUUAUUCAAGAUGUUCCGACCACGGCAGCACCUGAUUCAUCAUUGCCAGAACAUGCUUCCUCAGCCAAUGGUACCAAGACCAAGGUACCGCGUGCAACCAUGCCAACAUGGCUUGCAGACGAGUACGCAGAUGCCUGCACUCGUCUUGAUUCUGACAUCGCAAAGACCGGGAGACCAGUGUGUUACGAGAGUGGGCAGUUCACCAUGACUGCACCUCCGCUGGUAUUUUCCCGUGUCGUCCCUUUUGAGAUUGAGCCCCGAGACUUCUACCGGCCGCGUUUUUUUGUAUGGCUGCCCCACCUCUUCCAGCGCAUCCCUUGUCCAAAUUGCAAGGAUGCAAACCGGCGGUCCAAGAGGGGGCAGCCAGUCAUGCUUCGCGUUCUCGGCUGGCCACAGCAGCCACGGCGCGUUGUUGAUCUUGAGCACUUGGUGUUCAUUAUUGGACACCGAUAUUAUUGUGGGCACGAGGAGUGCAAGAAGACAUUUCAGAGCUGGUCACCUACAAUCUUGCAAGCCAUACCACCACCACUAGCAGCCCUCUUUCCAUUCCACCUAACGUAUCGAAGUGGCCUGACAGACCGCUUGGUUGGUGUCUUGCGAGCCUCAUUUCAGAGGGGUAUUGGGCCAUCACCUUUCGCCAAGAACAUACGAAUGAUGCACAUUCGCCAUUACGAGCAGUUGCAUGUUCAAUACCUAGAGACCGUCCGUCAGCGCAUGCAAGCAAGUGCAUCUGGGCUCUUGCCACCACAUCAACCCUUUCCUCGCUGGAACGACCCCAGUGGAUAUGCCGGAUAUGUUCCUACGCACCGAUUUUUUCGAUGUUUUUAUAACUCACUCAUUGAACGACAUGCUGCGGAGAUGGACCAACAUAUGGCCAUGCAGUCUGCUGAAACACUCAGUCAUGACCAUAGCUUUAAGGUGACAGGCAUUCUCGGUAAAGUCAAUGGUGUGGCAACAUUUGGUGCCCUCCAUACUGCCUGCAAUGACUAUGGCGAGUGUCGCAAGAUGACACUCACGCCAACAAAGGGACAUGAUGACUGUAUGCCUGCCCUUGCCGAGAUUCCUGUGACGCUUGCGAAAUAUGGGCAUGCACCUGUCAAGAUUCUAUUCACGGAUAAUGUCCGCGGUGAUAAGUCAGCCCUCGAGAGAGCAUUUCCUAGUCUUCUCUACAGUGUAAAUCCUGUUCCGAGUUUGGGAUUGGAGGAUUUAGUAGUACCUGAUGGUUGGCAUGUAUGUCGUCUUGGGACAACCUAUCAGAUCAAUAACCGAAUGAAUUGCCUCAUGGAUGAGCUACAAGUUGAUGCGGAAAAGGAGCUGCAUGUUGCAUUUGACCUGGAGUGGCCAGUAGACCGAGAGACAGGAAUAUACGGCAGAGUUUCCCUUGUAUCAUUGGCAUAUGAUAAGGCCAUCUACCUUAUUCCGAUCAGUCAAUAUGUGCAAGACAAUGGAUUUCUGAAGCUGCCAUCAUCCCUUUUGGUAGUCUUGCGCUCGAAACGAGUCCGCAAAAUUGGUGUCCAAGUCAAAGCAGACUUAACUCACCUAUACAAGGACUGUGGCUUUGCUGAUUCCACGAAUGAACAGCCAUUCAUUGGUGCUCUCGAACUCGGGUCAAUGGCCAAGGAUCGAAAUGUGACGGAUCACAUGCGCAUCAGCCUUGCAGACUUAACAGCACUUGUGCUUCACCGAAAUCUGCCAAAGGACGCAUCUAUUCGAGUUAGCACAAAGUGGGAUGAUCCUGUGCUGUCACCAGAGCAAGAGAAAUAUGCCGCAUUGGACGUCUAUGCAGCUUCAGCUAUUUUCGAGUCUUUCUCGGCUAUCCCUUCUUGUGGUCCAGUGACAUUGUCAAUGCCAGUCAGCACCCAGGUUCAGCUCAUGUCACGAAAUGGAGGACUUGCAGUGGCAUAUGGCCACAUAGCUCGUCACCAGCCAAAACAGCUGGAUGGGGUAAAUGUAUCAAAAACUCGUAUUGUUAUCACUGUGACGUCCAUCCUUGUCCCUGCCUAUCUUGUUCGAGCAGAUCUGCGACCUAACCAUCAAGAAACCCCAAUUUCGAAUCUUGCUACUAAAUCACCCUUCCCGCUGCUGUGCUAUCAACGGGAUCUUCGAACAUGCACCAGAACCAGUGAGACAACACUGCAGAAUAGCACCACAAUACUCCCAUCAUCACCAUAUGAGCCUCAUGAUUCACCUUAUCUUCAAGUUGACGAAAUCGAGGACUCGGAGCCUACAACAGACUUGGAUGUUGGCGAGUGGUUAUCACAUGACAGAGAUUCUGGUGUCCCAGAACAGUUGGCCAGUGAUGCAGAAAAGGACCUGCAUGGGCUCUCUCAGAUUGAAUCACUCGCGGAACUUGUUUCCCAUAAUGUCACCAUUGAGAGCAAUGAAGUACGCUCUCGAGUUCUUGGGGAUAUCUGGCACCUCAUGGACCAGUUUAAAAUUUCCAUUCACCAUGGUCUCCGCCGUCCUUUCAGCCGUGCCCUUCGAGAUGCUAUAUUCUUACCAGACCCUGUAGAUCUUGCUGCUGUCGAAGAAGUACUGAAAAAGAGGAACACGUGUUUUCGCCAGAUGGUCCUUACCAACUCGGACUGGGUGUGGCAGCGCAUCAAGCGGCUGGUUCCACCUCCAGAGAUAUUGGCACCUCGUGUCACUGAAGUACUGCAGACCUAUGGCCCACUGAAGGAUGCCGUGACUGGCCAGCCUCUUUUCAAUGAUGCAUCAUGGGAGAAAGCUCGUCUAGUCAUCGAGAACAUUAAAUUAGGUUACUACUCAGAUCCCCCAGGUCACCAUUUCUACACAUUGCAGAGAACGGACAAGCUCGGUCUCAACAUCUAUUGAUGCUCACGUGGAACCAAUAAUGUUGAGGGCGGGAUUCAUCAGAACAUCAUCCGACGAUUUGGUUCAUUCAAUGCAUCACCCCAGUUGACCGUGAAUUUACUUCGCGACUACACAUUGACGCAUAAUCUCGAGGUCGGCACCGUGAAUCGAACAGGAAAAAUCUAUCUCGGCUCUUA